CACGCCUACUACCAAUGGGUCCCCUUCGUUUUAUUUUUCCAAGCUAUAAUGUUCUAUUUGACCCAUAUCUUAUGGAAAAAAAUGGAAGGAGGACGAUUGAGGUACUUAGUUGAUGGGCUGAAAUUUGCAGCAUACGCUUUGGAAGAGAAGGAAUAUCACUUCAAAGAAAAAGAUAAAAAGUUAAAAAUUCCCAGUAAAGCAGAAAGAGAACAGAAAAUCCAAGAAGUUCGAAAUCUAUUUCUGCAAGGGAUGUAUGUGAACAGAGGAUGGUCAAAUAAGCUGGUUUUAUGCGAAAUACUGAAUUUUCUACACGUAAUAUUACAGAUUUAUAUUACCGACACUUUUCUUAGUGGAAACUUCACCAGUUUGGGUUCACAUUUAUGGUCAGAAGGACUCGAAUCCAACGUCGAUAUACUUGAUGAAGUAUUUCCAAAGAUAACGAAGUGCACGUUCCACAAAUACGGUCCUUCUGGUUCCAUCCAGUACCACGAUGCGAUGUGUGUGAUGGCUCUAAACAUCAUAAACGACAAAAUUUACACCGGUUUAUGGUUUUGGUUCAUUUUUCUCCUCAUUUGUUCGAUAUUGGGUCUCAUCUGGAGAUUACUUACCAUUAUUUUACACGCCAGGAGCACGACAUUCAACAAGUUUGUGUUUGCAAACUCUUGCCCUGGCCGUUUGAACCCUUGGAAAACUCUUGCGGUUUCCAACUAUGGCAACUUCAGUGACUGGUUAUUCUUGGUUUACCUUUCUAAGAAUAUUGAUCCGAUGGUAUUCAGAGAAAUUUUCCAGGGCAUUGCCGAGGAUUUGCAGGAGAAGCGCAAUGAAGGGGAAUUAUUAAGUUUUGAAGAUGGCGACAGCUUCUCCUGAAUUUACGACUGAAUUUUUCUGAACAUUUUUUCCAUACAUCAAAUGUGUGGUAUGUUCCAUACGAACAAUUUCAAAAAACGUGCGCUUACUGACGUAACAGUGAUAUUUGAUAAGAAAUUAUUGAACUUAUUGGAUCAUUCAUCAGAAUUUAUUCAAGGCAUUAGGUCAACGAAUCUGACAGAGAUCGCAAGACAAUGAUGAAUGAAUGAUUUUAUAUGUCUGAAAGAUAAAGGAACAAAAUUAUUGUUUUUCUACAGCUUUAAUGUUUUAAGCUGAAUCAACUAGUAAGUAGGAUGAUUUUGUACUGAUGAUACUCAAUAAAAUUCAAU